AUGCUGCAUCGGCGGCCAUAUCUCCAUGGGAUAUUGUCGACUGAAGGUUCAGACCCCAAGCUCUCGGGACCCUUUGCAAACCAGAAGGAAAUGAAUCUUGCAAUUCUCGAGAAACUUGGCGAAUCGGAAUCAGAGGCAUUUAUGAACCUAUUACGAAGCGUCGUUAAUAAGACCCUGAAAAGACAUCGCACGGUCUUCGCCCAUGGAGACCUGCAGCCGAGGAAUAUCAUGGUUGAGAGACUUGGAACGCGCAACGGAAAGCCGAAUUUCAAGAUUACCCUGGUAGACUGGGAGACGUCUGGCUGGUACCCUGAGUUCUGGGAUUUCUGCAAUGCUGCAAUAGCGUGUCAGUUCAAGCCCGACUGGUUGGAACUUACGCUUGAUAUCCUUGAUCAGUAUCCAGUGGAGUUUAUGAUGAUGCAGGUGGUCUACUCAUCCAUUUUCGCCCAUUUAUGCCAGUCAAAUUGA